AUGGAGAUCCUCCAAUCAAAAUCAGAUUACUUUGAGUGCGAACUCGACCCUAAUGAAUUCCGCAAACCUAAAGUAGACCAUCACUAAUCUUACACUGAGACUCUUUAGGAGCUGCCCUACAAGUGCUAUGCUCUACUCUUUACUAUUCUUUAUUUCGUUGUCUCACCCGUCACCUUGAAUCAAGUUUACAGCAAGGCGAGAAAGCAGUACAAGAAGACUCGUAGAAAUAUGCGCAUGAAAUACGUGAGAGUCAGGAAAUACGGACUAUUCAACAGUCCAUAGAAGUAGGCAAAGCAAGAUGACUUUACCGGUGACACCUGCUUUAUCACCGAUAAGAUGUUAUCUGAGUCUGAAGAUGAAUCAGACAAUGAUGAGCAAUACUAAUAGUACAGCAGCAAGCAAUCUUAUGAAUCUCCUAAAAAAUAUGCUGGUAUUUUCAGUGCAUGA